AUGUCAACACAACCUGUACAGUUACUAGAACAAAUAGUAAAGCAGUUUGAAGACUCUUCCCGGGAAAAGGAUGUCUUUUUUCAAUAUAUCCUAGCGACUAAGCUUGCUAGUAAUAUUAAAUGUCUAAGGGAGCAAGCGAUAACGGACCAUUUACUUGAUGGCGGUAAAGCUACAGCGGAAUAUAAUGAAGCAUUAGUAGGCAUUGAAACAGAGAAUACAUACCGAUUACAUCAGAGUAAAAAAGAGCUCCUGGCCUCCUAUCAAAAAUAUAACGAAUCCACCAGAACAAGACGCUAUAGCGUUGACUUCGACAGUUCUCCAGCGGACCUUGUUGAAAAAUUCAACAGUGAAGACCUAAUCAGUAAGGAGAAGGUCGAAUCCGACUCAGUACAACAGUUGAGAAAGCGCUUGUUGGGCAAGAAGCAAGAUGCAACAAGUACUGGAGCCAGUUCUGAUAAAGAAUCAGUAGAAAAACAGAUUCAGGUACAAGACGAGCUGCAGCAAGAGUUGCUUGCGGAUAUGACACAGCUAGUGGGUAGUUUAAAGCAAGGUGCUAUCGCAUUUCAAAGCGCCCUACAGGAAGAUUCUACUGUUUUAAAAGCAACCGAGAUUGGAUUACAAGCAACAUCAAAAAGUUUAUCCGCAUUGGGCACCAAACUCAAGAAGUAUAAUAGAACAAGAGUGGGAUUUUUCUUUUAUAUGGGUUGCGCACUUUUCAUUUUACUAAGUUUCCUAGCCACUUACUUGAUAAUAAGAAUCUUCCCGACAAUGUAA